AUGCAGCACUGGCUAAUUCUACUGCUUGUCGCCCAAGUUGGCCAAUCGAUGGCUGAACUAAAGAGGAUUUCAAUUAGGCCAAGAAACCUAACCCACAAUGUUCUGUCGGAAAUUUCAUUGCUCAAGUCCAAGUACUUGACAUUGGCGGACGAGUCCGUGGAGGCCAAGGAGAACCUGGUGAACGCCGCCAAUUUCGCGUAUUACGGUGACAUUAGUAUUGGAACCCCGCCGCAGAACUUUACGGUCCUCUUCGACACAGGAUCGUCCAACACCUGGAUUCCUAGUUCCAAGUGUUCUGCCACGGAUGUAGCCUGCAAGAACCACAACAAGUACACAUCCAGUGCAUCCAGCACCUAUGUGCCAGUUGGUACCAAUAUAUCCAUCCGCUAUGGAACUGGGAGUAUGGAGGGCUUUCUUUCAAACGACACUGUCCGGGUUGCAGGAAUAAACAUAACCAAUCAAACUUUUGCCGAGGCCACCGCCGAACCAGAUGGUUUUUUCGAUACUCAGCCGUUUGAUGGAAUUAUGGGAUUGGCCUUCAACACUCUCUCCAACGGACUCAACACUCCCGUGGACAACAUGGUCGCUCAGGGCUUGCUGGACAAGCCAGAGUUCUCAGUCUAUCUAAGACGCAAUGGAAGCUCACUGAUUGGAGGCGAAAUAAUUUGGGGCGGCACUGAUCCAUCUAUCUAUCAGGGAACUAUCACCUAUGUUCCAGUGUCCAUACCACAAUAUUGGCAGUUUACGGUCAACACAGCCAAGAUCAAUGGCGAAGUCCUGUGUGUAGGAUGCCAGGCCAUAGCCGACACUGGCACCUCCCUCAUAGUAGUCCCCAAAAAGGCCUUCACAGCGAUAAACAAGCUGUUGAAUGCCACUGAUAAUGGUGAUGGCACAGCCUCGAUUCCCUGCUGGAAUAUCUGCAAGCUUCCCACUCUGUAUCUGAACAUUGGAGGCUCUAGAUUCACAUUGACUCCGAACGACUAUAUCAUCAAAAUUCUGGGUGACAAUGGCAUGUCCCAGUGCUUGUCCGGAUUCGAGUAUUUGGAAGGAAAUCUACUCUGGAUCCUUGGAGAUGUUUUCAUCGGAAAGUACUACACUGUGUUUGAUUUGGGCAACGAACGAAUCGGCUUUGCCAAAGUGAGGUCCCAGAAAACCAAAAGCCAUCAAAGUCAGUACUAUAAUCGCUAUGAGACAAGCAGCGGCUAUGAUGCAGCUUGGGCAGAAUAUAGUGAUUCCAUAGGAUACGAAGGAACUAGUGACUACAGGAAAAAUUAUGGAAACGAAAGAAAGUAUAGGCCAUACAUUGCCGGUCCUUCGCAUCCAGCGCAGUACGAGUACAGGGAUUUGUCUGUGGAUUACUCUUUUACUUAA